AUGGAAGCGGAGCGCGCGACAGGGAGACCUGGCAAGGGCAAGUCGCCGCAUGCGGCGCUUCCACCGCUGGCGCGCGCUCUACUGGAGAAGUUCUCCAACGGCCAGGCGGCGGGCGACGACCACGCCGCCACCGCGCUGCCCGCGCUGAAGGACGCGAAGGAUCUUGCUCACACCAUGUCGCUCCCGCCGAUAUCGGCGCGGCACGCGGCCGGGGCGGCGGGCGCGAUGACGAAGGGAGGGGUCGACGCGCAAAUGAGGCAGCGCGCCACGUUCGUCGUGGACGCGGCGACGUUGGACUCGUUCAUGUCCGCAUGCGAGAUUUCAGGCCCGGGCGUCGGCCCUGCGCCCAGUUUCAUGGCCACGCGGGAGCGCCACGGGAGGGGGCUCGAGUUCGCGCUCGACGCGAUCCUCGCGGGCACGCCGCAGCAGCCGACGAUCGGCCCGGACACCAGCCGCGUGCCGCGCCUGGAGGCCCUCGGCAUCGACCGCGCGGCCCUGCAGGCAGCGGGGUUGUCGGGCGAGGCAGUGGAGAGGGCCCACCGGUCGCUGUACGUCCACACGGUCGGCUUCACGCAGAGCAUGCGCGAGGCGGUGGCGGCGGCGCAGCCAGGGCAGGGCGGACAGGGUGCGCGGGCGGCGGUCGGGCACGCGCUGAUUGGCGGCUUCCUGGCGCUGGCGGGGGUGCUCUUCAGGCGCGAGGUCCUGCCCGACGUCCUGGCGCUGGCGCACAACAACCGCCUCCAGGAGGCGGAGCUCGUGGACCGGCUGGAGAAGCUGACGGCGGCCUACGAGGACAACCUCACGCUGCAGCGCACCACAGCGCAGCUCAUGGCUGCCCACCACGAGGAGACGUCCAAGGUGGCCGCGCUGCGGACGGUGCUCGCCGAGGAACGCGCCAAGCUGACCGAGUCGGAGCGGGAGCGCGCGCUCGUGGAGUUCCAGUACAUGAGCGAGGCGCAGCACAUGGCCGACAUGGAGGCGGAGGUGGUGGCGUGCCGGCGGGAAGCGCGCGACGCCACCGCGCGCCAGGACGGGCUGCAGGCCAAGAUCGUCGAGCUGGAGAAGAGCCUGGUGGAGGCGAACGCGCGCGGCGACGGCACGGACCAGCGGAUCGCGGAGCUGGAGGCCGCCCUGACUCUGGAGAAGGGGCUUCGGGCCGCGGCGGAGGAGCGCGCGGCCGACCUGGAGGGGACGCAGACGGUGGUCAAGUGGCAGCAGAACGUGACGCACCAGCGGUACCAGGAGGAGGUGUCCGGGCGCAACGACCUGGACGUGCAGGUGCUGGAGGCGCGGGAGAGGGCGGCCGACCUCGCACGGAAGCUGCAGGAUGCGAUGGCGGAGAGCCGCGAGGCGCGGGAGGGGACGGCGGUGCUCGAGGGCGAGCUGACGCAGGCGAAGCUCAAGGUGGAGAAGCUGGAGUGGCAGGUGGACCAGCACAAGAAGGGCGAGGAGGAGCUGGGCGCGGAGGCCAUCCUGCUGCGGCAGCAGCUCGAGCGCAAGAGGUUCAAGAAGCGGAACUACAAGGAGCAGCUGUCGCACGCCCGGGCGAUCGCGGAGACGGCGAAGAUCGAGGCGGGGUCGUACAGGGAGAAGCUGCAAGCGGAGCAGAAGGCGAAGAACAACCUGUCGGCGGAGCUGAAGAAGGCCGAGACGGGCCAAGUCCGCACCGUGGAGCAGCUCCGGAACGUGUCGGUGGCGCUGGCCACCACCAUGCGGUGCCUCACGGCGAACGUCACGGCGCGCCGGUUCCUCCAGAAGCGCAUCCAGCAGCUCGCGAAGCUGAAGGCCUCGAAGGACGCGUCGUUGCAGAAGGUUGAGAGGGACCUGCGCGCGCAGCGCGAGGUCACGGCGCAGUUCCAGGCCAAGCUGGCGCGCGAGACGGAGGAGCACAAGAAGUUGUCGCAGCAGCUGGAGGAGGCGGAGAGGCAGGUGGCGGCGGCGCAGGCGGAGGCGCAGAAGGUCCAGGCGAAACUGUCGCGCAAGGUCGGGACGGAGGAGCGGCUGCGCGAGGAGCUGCAGCAGGCGCAUGCGCUGGAGCACACGCUGCGGGAGCAGAUCGGGGUGCUGGAGGAGCGGGUGAAGGAGGUCCUGAUGGACCUCGGCAGCAAGCAGAAGGCGUUGUCGGACGUCACGCGCGAGCGGCAGCAGCUGCAGAACAAGUGCCAGAGCCAGCAGGUGACGUUGCAGCAGCGGGAACAGCAGAUCACGGCGCUGCGUUCGCGCGUCGACAACCUCGAGGCGAGCGUGGCUGACGCGAAGCGGCACGUGGGCUCGCUGGAGGCGGCGAAGACCAAGUUGGAGGCGCGGGUGACGGAGCUGACCGAGAAGAUCCCGCCGCUCAGGGCCAAGCUGGUCGAGAAGGAGAAGCAGGUCGAGGACCUGGAGGACCGGCUGGCCGAGGAGCAGGCGCAGCGGGCGGAGGUCGAGGCGCGGCUGAACGAGCAGCUGCAGGCGCAGGAGGCCAAGUGCGCCGAGCUGCAGGACAAGCUCGCGGACGCCAAGAAGGGCUUCAAGAGCGAGCUCGACGGCCGCGACACGGAGGUGCAGGACCUGAAGGCUCGCGUGGCGCACCUCGAGAAGGAGGUGCAGCUGCGCGACGAUGCGCUGGGGAAGACCAUCCGGGAGCACGAGGGGCGCGACGCGGAGAUGAUGGAGCUGCGCGCGCUGAUGAAGGACGCGCAGGACUCGGUGCUGGACCUGCAGAAGCAGCUGAGCGAGCUCAAGGACGAGCGUGCGGUCAUCGACAGCCAGCUCGCGGUGCUCAAGGACUCGAACUCGGAGCUCAACUACCGGCUGAAGGCGGCAGACGGCCGCGUGGAGGGCCUCCUGGCCCGGCGGGAGGAGAUGGACCGGGACCUGCAGAACGCGAUCACGCAGGAGAAGGACAAGCUGCACGCGGAGCACGUCGAGCUGAAAAAGGCGUUCGACGUGGCGCUGUCGGCCGAGGCCAAGGCGAACAAGCGCGCACGGAAGGACUUGGAGGACACCGUGGCGGCGCAGAAGGAGCAGCUCGAGGCGAUGCAGCUGCACAUGCUCGACGUGAAGCUCUUCGUGAAGCAGCUGGAGGAGGCCCUGGCGGACGUCGUCAAGGAACAGGACGGCGCCACGAGGAGCAACGUCGCCGACAAGGUCGCCGUUGACGAGGGGGUGAUCGGCGCGGUGCGCUCUGAGCCCGACGUCGUGCACGCGUCGGACGUCGAGAGGGACCAGCGUCCCGCGUCGAGCGCGACCAGGGGCCCUGGAGCGCAGCAGGCCUCCCUGCUUGCCGGGCUGGCCUCGGGAGAAGGCACGCAGCAUGAGGCCGCACAUGACCGUCUCUUCAAGCCGUCGCCGCCCGGGUCCGGCCGCGUGCGCGCGCCAGAGAUGUCGGCCAUCAUGCGCGUGGUGGGGCCGGCCUUGGACAACGUCAAGAGCGAGGUCCAGAAGCUGCAACAGAAGAUGCAGGAGGGGACGGACAUGUACGUCAAGUACUCUAAUCUGCGGCAGCAGGAGGCGGCGGAGCUCCUCGAGAAGCGCAAGGCCAAGCUCAAGGCCAAGGCGCGGCAGGCGAUCGCGGCGAAGCGCAUGGCCGCGAUGGAGCUGCAGCAGGAGGGCUCCCGCGCGAGCCAGGCUGAGAGCGCCGCGCGUGCCUCGCAGGCCGAGGGCGUCGAGGGCGAGCCAUCCGCCGCGAGCCUCCUCAGCACUGCAGUCUCGGACCCCGUGGAGCGCGAGGCGCUCCUUGAAGUCGCUGCCGAGAUGGCUGCUGAGAAAUCACAGGCGGAACAGGACCCCGGGGAGCCGGCGGACGCAAAGAGUCCACCCGCGGAGGAGGCAUCAAAGAGCCCUUGA